AUGCCGCGUCCUACAUUACCGCCCACGCCGGCGUCCUCAACAGACAUAAAGGGCCAAGAUGGCUCCAAGAACCUCGCCUCAUUACAAGUCGCCUUCGAACUCGAGCUGCCCCCGCCCGCCUUGACGCAAGACGCCUCCAGAAUCUCGCCAACCGACACGAGGACGUCGCUCAACAGCAGCAGAAAUAACACCAACUUCCAGCCCAUCUCGCCGUCAAAGGCUACCACGCCGUACCCCGUGCAACCCAGCGAGACGGUGAAAUCCCGACGGAGGUCGUCGGCCGCCAAAAAGACGGCCAACGAGGACAAGUUCGCGCUGCCCCCGCCGCCCACCCGGUCCCGCAAAAUCAUUCAGAUGAAGCCCCGGCCGCAGGAGGAGCCGGCGGAGGAGGAGGAGGACACGGCCCCCACCGCUGGCGCGGCGGCCAAGUCCGGCUCCGCAAAGGGGGGCGCCGCUGCCGGGACCGCCGCCGCGUCCACUUCGGCGCAGGGGAAGAAGAAACAGCCGUCGGCGACGAGCGCUGCCGGACGCAAGAUUGCGAGGAAGACGGCCCACAGCUUGAUUGAGCGCCGUCGCCGGUCCAAGAUGAACGAGGAGUUCGCCGUGUUGAAAGGCAUGAUUCCGGCAUGUACCGGGGAGAUGCACAAGCUGGCCAUCCUGCAAGCUUCCAUCGAAUACGUGCGAUAUCUCGAAGACUGCGUCGCCAAGCUCAAAGCCCAACGCGACGCAUCGGAAGGCGUCUCACCUACCGCGUCCGGCCUCCAGACCCCCUCGGGCCGGGACCCGUGGGGCACCAUUCCGCAAUUCGUUCCCAAGUACCAACAAGAAGCCGACGACGUCGAAAUGACCGACUCCGAGGCUCCGUCACCCACAUUCCCCGCCCAACAACACCCACAUCAACACCAGCCCCUUCAACCACACCAACAGCCGGAUUACCCUUCCCGCUCACAGCAGCCCUCCGUCUCGCCCUCUCCCGCGCUCCUCGCACAGGACUCGCGUCACCGCCACGACUCGUACUCCUCCGUCUCAACAGACCACGCGCGGCACUACAGCUACUCCUCAGCGACGACGUCGCCCGCCUUCGGGCCGCAGACAUAUCCGUACGCGGGCCACGGCGGGCUCGCGUCCGGAUCGCUCUCGGCGCUGACGAGUCCCGCGCUGGCGCCGCAGAGAGAUCUGGAUCAGGAAGCGACAGCAGCGCUUUUGAUGCUGAAUAACGACCGGAGAGGCGCGGGCGACGGCGGCGCGGCAGCCGCGCGUGGGGCCGGGAGGGGUAUGUCGGUGAGAGACCUGCUGAGUACGUGA